AUGAAAGAAAGAAAGAAAGAAAGAAAGAAGGAAUGAAAGAAGAAUGAAGAAAAAGGAAAAAGAAAGAGGGAAUGAAAAAAAGAAAAAAAGAAGAAUGUAAUGAAAGGAAAAAUGAAAGAGAGAAAGAAAGAAGGAAAGAAAAAGAAAGAAAGAAAGAAAGAAAGACAGAAAGAAAGGAAGGAAGAAGGCAUUAGAAAGAAAAAAAGAAAGAAAAAGAAAGAGAGAAAGAAAAUAAGAAAGAAGGAAGAAAAAAGAGAAAAAGUAAAGAAAGUAAGGAAAAAGGAAAAAAGAAAGAGGGAAUAAAAAAAGAAGAAAAGAAAGAAUGAAGAAUGGAAAGAAAGAAAGAAGAAAGGAAAGAAAGAAAGAAAGAAAGAAAGAAAGAAAGAAAGAAAGAAAGAAAGAAAGAAAGAAAGAAAGAAAGAAAGAAAGAAAGAAAGGAAGAAAGAAAGGAAGAAAGGAAGAAGGCAUUACAAAGAAAAAAAGAAAGAAGUUAAGAAAAAAGAAGGGAAAAAGGAGAAAGAAGUAAAGAAAGUAAGGAAAAAGGAAAGAAAAAAAGAAAGAAAGAAAGAAAGAAAGAAAUAAAAGAAAGAAAGAAAGAAAGAAAGAAAGAAAGAAAGAAAGAAAGAAAGAAAGAAAGAAAGAAAGAAAGAAAGAAAGAAAGAAAGAAAGGAUGAAUAACAGACCCAA